AGAGAGAGGCAGACUGUGUGUGUGUGUGUGUAUGUGUGUGUGUUUGCAUGCUGCAGCGCUUCACUCUGCCUGCACGUUUCAUUUCAUGCAGUUUUGAAUGACACUUUGACAGCUGAGGAAACGCCUGGAGUUACAGCGUCUGGACGCAACUUUUUGAGGGGAAUUAUGAGAAACGUGGAGCUGUGAUUUUAAUUUCAAAUUGACAGCAGAAGAGUUUGGAGGAGAUGGAGAACAAGGCCAUGUAUCUGAGCACAUAUGAAGAGAGAGAGAGCGGCUCUAUGUAUGAAGAGGCCUACGAGGGACACAACUUGUCCAAAUUAAACCUCUGUGAUGAAGGUUCUGGGAAGCGUCGCAGGAAGCAGGAUCAGUGCUGUGCCCACCUGAACUCCCUCUCAGCCAUCAAGUAUGCCAUCGUGUCUCUCUACAUCCUGGUUCUUCUCACCAUCUUUGGACUCUGCCUUGCAGUCUCUCGUUCCCAGGUGUCUUCACAGCGGCAGGAGGUGCUGAUGGAAAACGUGACCCGGAUGUCAGAGCGCUCUCGUCUGCUCCAGCAGAACCUGGGCGAAGGGGCCACUCAGGCUGACCUGCUGGAGAACAUCUGGAAACUGGAGAAUCUCUUUCAGAACCAUAGCGACUGGCUGCAGAGGCUAGAGAUCCUCAUCAAGGGCCUGGAGGUGGAGCUGAGGAGCAUCCAGGCUCACUCCCUCCAGUCAGAGGGCUACCUGGUGCAGCUGGACGACCGUUUGUCCUCUCUAAGCAGCUCCACUGGGAGGAACCUGACGGGCCUGAGUGUGGAGGUCUCCCGAGCCUCCGCCUGGCUCCAAGACCAGGACCUUCUGUUCAGGGAAACCUCGGGACAGGUGAGCAAGCUGAGAGAGAAACUGGACGAGGUCAACUGGAUGGUGGGAGCUGUCAAUCACACCUUCAGCAACGACAUCAGUAUUCACCACCUGAAGAUACAAGACCUGCAGAUCCAGAUCAGCAACAUAACAGAGGACACCAGCAGUCUGUGGGUGACCCAUGUCCACACGGAGGCCCAGCUGAGGAAUGAGAUGGAGAUCCUCAACACAAUCACAGAAGACCUCCGCCUGAAGGACUGGGAACACUCCCUGGCCCUGAAGAACCUCACCAUAUUCGAAGGUCCUCCAGGGCCAAAGGGAGAAAAGGGUGAUAUUGGAGCAUUGGGGCCCCCAGGGGCUCCUGGAUUGACAGGUUUAAGAGGGUUUACAGGAGAAAAAGGGAUGCAGGGCAAUCGUGGAAUUAAAGGGUCUGUCGGGGUCAGCGGUUUUCGAGGAGAAAAAGGAGACGUUGGACCUGUUGGUCCGAGAGGUGAUCGAGGAGAUAGAGGGUUCAAGGGGGAGAAGGGUGAUCGAGGAGACCGAGGAGAGAAAACAGUGGAGGAGACCCUGGUACGGCUGGUGAACGGGUCAGGACCUCAUGAAGGUCGUGUGGAGGUUUUCCAUGAACGCCGCUGGGGGACAGUGUGUGACGACGUGUGGGACAAAAACGACGGAGAUGUAGUGUGUAGGAUGCUGGGAUACCAAGGGGCCACUGAAGUUCAUAAGACCGGACGCUUUGGACAGGGUACUGGUUUGAUCUGGAUGGAUGACGUAGCCUGCAUAGGGACCGAAGACACCAUCCACCAGUGUAAGUUUUCUGGUUGGGGCAAAACCAACUGCGGACAUGUGGAGGAUGCUGGUGUGACCUGCGCCAUCUAAAACCCUUGUGAUCCUGUCACUGCUGCAGCGGCUGAGCUGCUCCUUAAACAGUGCCUUAAACUUUUAAGAAGCUACAAGAUGCAUAACGCCCUACCAUCGCCAGAGGAGUCACAUGAGCAGUAUGUUGUUUUUUUUUAUCUGCAAACAAAGUGACAAACCUCCAUGUUGUGCCUGAACUAAAUCUGCAGCUUUUUUAGAACAUUCAUGAUUAAACAUUUGAUCAUUUUAGCAACAAGAAUAAUGGGAGCGAAGAAAAUGAACAGAUUUUCAAACUUUGAGCACCAUGUGAGCUGGAGAUGAUCGCACGACAGGACUCUUCAUCAUAUGAAUUACAGAGCUCACCUUUCUUCACUGAAGGCCAAAGGUCAGCUUUCACAGGCUCCAUCUGCCCUCAGAGGCUUGUCUGGGGUCAGGUUUGUUGUUGUCCACAAGUCUCCAAGUGUCUGAGGAGCUGAAACGGCACAUAAAGAAUCUGACAUGUCAGAGUCAAACUGAUUCUUCAUUAACAGGCAGCUGCUCUUCACAGUAUUAUGUGGAAAUGGCUUUUGCCUCAUGAUGCUAAACAUACACAGUGUGGCCUUAUAAUACACCAUAUAGCAUUACCCAGGAACCAGUCAUUUGAUGAUUUGCAGGUCAAAAGCUGGCGAGUUAAAACAGGACGUAAGGGUGCUAAUAAA